AUGGGCCCCGGCACAUCUACAUCAGCGACCGCGCGGCCCUUUUUUAGGGUAUUAGGCAACGCAAAGCUCAAAUUACUCGCUGCGUUCUUGACAGUCUCGACAAUCCUCCUACUCACACUGUAUUCGGGAGGGUUAUCACAAAACAUCUCACCUGGUGCAAAAGACGAGAUCGAAAACGUCAAAGAUUACUGGACAUGGGAAACGAGAACCCAAUUCCGGAAAUCCCAGCAUGGCAAUGAAACCGAUUCUACAGAGACAUCGCAGCAUGGUACCUGUGACACUUUCCCGUCGCACCUGUUAUCGCGCGUUCAGAUCACCCUGAAAACCAGCGCAACAGAAAACCCGAACCGAGUCAACACACACCUGGCCUCUGUAACUCGCUGCAUUUCCAACUUGCUAGUUGUAUCGGAUAAGGAGACCGAGCUCCAGGGCCAUCAUGUAUACGAUAUCCUAGCCGAUCUGCCACCCUCUGCCCGGAACCGGACUCCGGAGUUCGAAGGGUAUGAUGCGCUACAACGCGGGGAUAGCAAUAUCGACGGCGCGGCGGGGUGGAAACUCGAUCGAUACAAGUUUCUACCCAUGGUGGAACGGGCUAAGAAAGUGAACCCCGAUGCAGAGUGGUACGUCUUUCUCGAGACGGAUACUUACAUGGUGUGGGAUAACCUGUUCCGAAUGCUGGAACAGUUCGACUCAUCUGUCCCUUUGUAUAUGGGAUCACCUGCGCCAGGCCGCGACCUCGGUGAUGGAAAAAGACUCUGGUUUGCAUACGGUGGCACGGGCUUUGUGCUAUCCAGAGCUGCGAUUGAUGCAUUGGUUGUGCGGGAGAUUGGUAAAUAUGGGCAGUUUAUUGGACAAUCGCUUAGCGAACAGUAUAUGCAAGCGGUGAAAGACGACUGUUGCGGCGACUCUGUGCUUGGAUUUGUGUUGUAUGAAAAGGGCAUCGAGUUGUCUGGGAUGUGGCCGAUGUUCAACCCGCACCCGCUGGACUCGAUUCCCUUUGGUGACGAUCAUCACUGGUGUCAGCCUGCGAUUAGCAUGCAUAAAUCGCAAUUGAGUGACAUGACGGGGCUGACAGAUUGGGAGGAUGAGCGAGAUAGAACGAAUCCAUUACUAUACGCAGAAUUGGUUGACUAUCUUCGUCUGGGACAGUUGCCAGAGCGAAAAGGUUGGGAUAAUGGAGCCUGGGGUGGAAUCAUCGAACAGCCUAAUACUCUGCCCCAGCAUGAAUCAUUAGAAGCCUGUCGUCAGGCAUGCCACGACAAGGAUUGGUGUAUGUCCUACACUUAUGACAGCGUUGGAGCCUGUGUGUUUGUGAAGACCUUGCGGCUUGGGGGUACCAGCAAACCAGAGGUUGCCGAUCAAUUCACGGCUGGAUGGGACAACGAAAAGAUCCAAAAUUGGCAGGCGAACCACAAGUGUGAAAAGCCCAUGUGGAUGAAGCCGAGCAUCACAAGAAUUUUCUGA